UUUCCGGUUUGCGCGGCCCGUCUGCUCGGUGUUUCCUCCCGGAUUCCCCCCGAUCUUGACCGGUCCCUGUCGGCGAUUCCGACCCCGCUGCCGGGUGGGAAACCGCAGCCGGGGGUUGUCCGCCGCCCAGGAGACUGCUGAGAAAGCUGAGCUUUGUUUGUCCUACACCACACCAGCGUCGGAGCCAAAAGCUGAAGCCAAGCGUUCACACCAAGAUCCUGCAGAGUGACUCAGGAGUGCCAGGAUCUGGCAAACAGCAGACAACGACCGAUGGAAGGAGAGCCCUGUGACGUCCUCACAGCCAUACCUGGCUCCAAGAGUGGCGAGGGUGUGCUGGGGGAAGCACCCUCCGGGCAGAACCUGUUGCCGUGCAUACUGUGCGGGAAUGUGUUUCCCGACCAGUCCAUGCCGCACCACAACAGGCUAGCCCACAAUGAGAUCCGGCCCUUCAGGUGUGACGACUGCAGCAAGGCCUUGAAGAGCGGCCAGGACCUCUCACGGCUCCAGCGGAUCCACACUAGGGAGAAGAGCAUCACCUGCCCCGAGUGUGGCAAGGCCUUCAGCAGCUUCUCUCACCUGCAGGCGCACCUGCGCAGCCACACCGGUGAGCGGCCCUUCUCCUGCCCCGACUGCGGCAAGGCCUACGGCCACUCCUCACACCUGGUAGUGCACCGGCGCACCCACACCGGCGAGCGCCCCUUCUCCUGCCUCGAGUGCGGCAAGAGCUUCAUUCGCUCCUCACACCUCCUUCAGCACCGGAGGACCCACACCGGCGAGCGGCCUUUCUGCUGCCUCGACUGCGGCAAGAGCUUCGUCCAGUCCUCCCACCUGGUGCAGCACCGGAGGGUUCACACCGGGGAGAAGCCCUUCACCUGCCCCUUCUGCGGGAAGAGCUUCGCCGGGUUGUCGAAGCUCCAAAUCCAUCAGCGAUCGCACACGGGGGAGAAGCCCCACACCUGCCCGGACUGCGGGAUGAGCUUUAGUACCACUUGCACCUUGUGGCGGCACCAACACGUCCACACCGAAGAGCGGCCCUACCCCUGCCCCGAGUGCGGCAAGGUCUUCAAACGACCCCGGUACCUGAAGCAGCACCUGGUGAUCCACACCGGGGAGAGGAACUACUACUGCACGGUCUGCGGGAAGGCCUUCGUCCGCUACUCCUACCUGUGGAGGCACCGGCAGGUUCACACCAAGGAGACGAGUUUCACCUGACGCACAGACCUUCACCCGGUCCUUGUACCCGCUGGCACACCUGUUCACCCACACCGGCGAGCAGCCCUUCUCCUGCCCCACGUGCAGCCAGGCCCUCAUCAACUCCUCCCAGCUAAUGGACUCUCGGCCGAUCCACACCGGGGAGGAGCCCUCCUCCUGUCUCAAAUGCAACAAGGCCCUCAUCAACUCCUCCCAGGCGAGAAGUCCUUCACCUUCCAUGUCUGCGGGAAGGGCUUCACUGGCUCGUCACAGCUCCAGAACCAUCGAUAGAGACAGUCGGUCAGCUGUCCUGAUUGUGGUGAGGGGUCUGCUCAACUCCUGGCCCACCAGCGCACUCGCCCCGCCAUGUAGGGCAGCCGUGGCCUCAAUUCGGGUUUGGGGGAGGAGGUUCGUUUUCACCCCACCCUCAGGUGCUGCCUGUACGUGUGUGUGUGUGUGUCUCUGUUCUGGUUUCGUCCUACGUUAGGGAUAGACUCGGGUGGGGGGGGUUGUUGAAGGGGGUGUAAUGCUGCUGUAAUUGAGUUCCCCAUGGCAGAUGUGUGAACGUGGACGUGUGCCUCUGGCGGUGAGCUGUGUGGGGAGAGUGAGAGGGUCAGUGUAAAUGUGGGUUCAGGCCCUUCGGCCCGCGGUGCUAUGCUGACACCUCAUCCCCCCCCCCCACCUACACAAUGUCCAGAUCACACCAUUCCCUGCACAUCGGAAUGCCAAUUUAAUGUUCCUUUAAACUCCUCUGUCGUACCCGCUUCACCACCCGACUGGCAGCAUAUCCACAGUACCCAUGACUGACUAUGGAAGUAAAAAGCAACUUGUCUCCCACAUCUCCCUGAACCUCAACUCCAAACCCUCUAGUCUGAGACAUUUCUCCCUGGUAGAAAGAUUCUGACUGUCUGCUCCAUCUGUCUUUCUCGAAAUCCUGUAAACUUCUACCACGUCUCUCUUCAGCCACUGGCACUCCGGACAAUGUAACCCAAAUUCUUCCAGGCUGCCCCUCCACUCCACACAGGAUCCUGGUGCAGAGCCCCCCCACCCCUCCUGUGAAGGGAUGAGCGCUGUAGUCGGGGGCUCUGGGAUUUGGACCCGGUGACGAUACACCCUUGGCUGAGAUGUUCUAGGCUGGGUCACUGUGGGACUCCGACGGCGGGAGAGGAGUCGUGGUUGUGGGGGUCGCCAUUGGAUUAGACCAGGGCUGUAUUUGUUGUGUCGUUUUGUUACUGUAGAUAUGGGAAGUGGUGAAGUUGGUAUUGGAAUGGCUGCUGAAAAAUUAAAUCGGUGUUCUUUAGAAUAGGCGACCUAUUUAUGUGAGACAUUAGAACAGGGAACAGUACAGGCCCUUCGGCCCUGAAUGUUGUACUGACAUUUUAAUCUAACGCUUCCCUCCCACAUAACCCGCUGUUCUUCUUUGACCCAAGUUGCUGUCUGAGCGUCUAAAAUGUCCUCCUGACUGUACCGGCCUCUAUCACGUGGCAGAGCAUCUCUCACAUUCCGUCCAAGGCACAGAGUCUGCAGAAGGACUUAGACAGAUUAAUAGCACGGGCCAAGAGUGUCGGGAGGUAUACGGUCAGGCACUUUGGUAGCAGGAAUAAAGGUGCAGAUAAUUUCCUGAACGUUGGGGUGGAGGCAAGUCCGGUUAUCAGGGGUACAAUCUGACAAGAGUCGUCGUGCAGGUUUCCCUGAGGGCCGACUUGCAGGAUGAUUCCCUGCUGAGCCUUUAUAAGGCAGUGGGCAGCCCACAAGCAUAAUAUCACAGUGGUGCUGGAAAGUUUGUGAACCCUGUAGAAGUUUCUCUAUUUCUGCAAAAGUAUGAUCUAAAAUGUAAACACGCAAGUCCUAAAACUGGAUAAAGGGGACCCAAUUAAAUAAACAACACAAUACUUGUUGGAAAAAGAAUGUGAACAUCUUGGGUAAUGCCUUCUGUUGUUCAGUCAUUAAGUCAAGUCCGACUCACGGACUAUAGGGUUCUCACGGCAAGAUACGGAAGUGGGUUGCCAGGCCUCUCUUCUGCACAGAUACUGCUGCUGCCCAGGUUGGGACCCGGCUGGGUUUGAACUCAGGACCAUCUGCCUCGAAGUCCAGUGCUGAUACCACGACACCACCAGCCAGCCCUUCUACAGAAGCUAUUUGGAGUCAGGUGCUCCAGUCAAUGAGAUGAGAUUGGAGGUGGGGGUUGUAGAAAAAGACUCACAAAGUCAGGUUACUGACAGAACCUGCUCAUCUCAAGAAAUAUCUGUUUAUGUGCACCAUGCCUUGAUCAAAUCGACUUUCAGAGGACCUUGGAAGAAGAACUGUGGAGAUGCAUGAAGCUGGAAAAGGUUACAACAGCAUUUCUGAAGACCUGAGAGUACAUCAGUCCACAGCAAGAGAAAUGGUCUAUAAAUGGAGGCAAUUCAGUACUGUUGCUACUCUCCCUCGGAGUGGGCAUCCUGCAAAGAUCACACCAAGAGCACAACAUGCAAUGCUAAAGGAGCUGAAAAAAACCCAAAAGUAACAGCAAAAGACCUGCAGAAUUCUCUAGAACUUGCUAAAGUCUCUGUUCGUGUGUCCACUCUAAGAAAACCACUGAACAAGAAUGGUGUUCAUGGAAGCACACCACCCAGGAAACCACUGCUCUCCUAAAAAAAACAUUGCUGCAAGUCCGGAGUUUGCAGAAGACCACCUGGAUGUUCUACAACACCUCAGGGACAAUGUUCUGUGGACAGGUGAGACAAAAGCUGAACUUUCUGGCAGAAAUGCACACCGCUAUGUUUGGAGGGGAAAGGGCACUUCACACCAACACCGAAACCUCAUCCCAGCUGUGAAGCAUGGUGGAAGGAGCAUCACGGUUUGGGGUUACUUUGCUGCCUCUGCCCGAUCAGUUUGCAAUUGUUGAGGGAACAAUAAAUUCAAAAUCGUAUCAAGACAUCUUACAGGAGGAUGUCAGGGUAGCAGUCCGUCACCUGAAGCUGAAUAGAAGUUGGAUGAUGCAACAAGACAAUGAUCUGAAAGACAAGAGUAAAUCAACAACAGGAUGGUUUAAAAAGAAGAAAAAUUGUGUUUUGGAAUGGCCAAGUCCUGACCUUAAUCCUAUAGAAAUCUUGUGGAAGGACCUGAAGCAAGCGGUUAUUUCAAGGAAGCCCACCAACAUCCCAGAGUUGAAACAGUUUUGUAAGGAGGAAUGGCCUAAAAUUCCUCCAACCCGUUCUGCAGGACUGAUCGACAGUUACUGGAAACGUUUGGUUGAAAGUUACUGCUUAAUAAGGGGGGUCACACCAGGUACUGAAAGCAAAGGUUCACAUACUUUUUCCAACAAAUGAAUAAUUUUUCUCAAUAAAUAAAUGAACAAAUAUGAUGUUUUUUGUGUUAUUUAUUUAACUGGGUUCUCUUUAUCUAGGUUUAGGACUUGAGUGAAGAUCUGAUCACAUUUUAGAUCAGAAAUAGAGAAAAUUCUAUGGGGUUCACAAACUUCCUAGCACCACUGUAUGCCAUGAAAUUUGUGGCAGCAGUACAAUGCAAUGAUAAAUAUAUUUAAAAACUGAAUUACAGUAGGUGUAUAUAUAGUCAUACUUUAUUGAUCCCGGGGGAAAUUGGUUUUCGCUACAGUUGCACCAUAAAUAAUAAAUAGUAAUAGAACCAUAAAUAGUUAAAUAGUAAUAUGUAAAUUAUGCCAGUAAAUUAUGAAUUAAGUCCAGGACUGGCCUAUUGGCUCAGGGUGUCUGACCCUCCAAGGGGGGAGUUGUAAAGUUUGAUGGCCACAGGCAGGAAUGACUUCCUAUGACGCUCUGUGUUGCAUCUCGGAGGAAUGAGUCUCUGGCUGAAUGUACUCCUGUGUCCACCUGGUAUAUUAUGUAGUGGAUGGGAGACAUUGUCCAAGAUGGCAUGCAACUUGGACAGCAUCCUCUUUUCAGACACCACCGUGAGAGAGUCCAGUUCCAUCCCCACAACAUCACCGGCCUUACGAGUGAGUUUGUUGAUUCUGUUGGUGUCUGCUACCCUCAGCCUGCUGCCCCAGCACACAACAGCAAACGUGAUAGCACUAUAUUAAAUACUUAAAUAAGUAGUGUAAAAACAGAAAUUUAAAAAAAAUAGUGAGGUAGUGUUCACGGGUUCAAUGUCCAUUCAGAAAUCAGAUGGCAGAGGGGAAGAAGUUGUUUCUUAAUCAUUGAGUGUGUGCCUUCAGGCUCCUGUACCUCCUUCCUGAUGGUAGCAAUGAGAAGAGGGCACGUCCUGGGUGAAGGGCGUCAGUUUUUUGAGGCACUGCAACUUGAAGUUUUCUUGGAUACUCCGGAGGCUAGUACUCAUGAUGGAGCCGACUAAUUUUAUAACUCUGUACAGCUUACUAACCCCUCUCAUACCAAACGGUGAUGCAGCCAGUCAGAAUGGCCUCCAUGAUACAUUUUCGAGUGUUUUAGGUGACAAAACUCCUCAUGAAAUAUAGCCGCUGUUGUGCUUGAUUUCCAGGUGCAUCGACGUGCUGGGACCAGGUUAGAUGCUCAGAGAUAUUGACACCCGGGGAAUUAUUGCAUGAUGAGCUAUUUUGGGCCCCUUUGCUGGUAAAGGGUGGUGUUGGCGUUGGAAAGGGUCCAGAGGAGGUUCACGGGAACGAUCCCUGGAAUGUGAAGCCGAACGUUUGAGGAGCUUUUAAUGACUCUGUGCCUGGACACGCUGGCGAAUAGAAGAAUGAGGGGAGAUCUUAUUGAAACCCAUCGAAUAUUGAAAGCUCUGGGUAGAGUGGGGGUGGAGAAGAUGUUCCAUUAAGCAGGUACACCUCAGGAUAUGAGGAUGUCCCUUUAGAACGGAGAUGAAGAGGUAUUUCUUUAGUCAGAAUGCGGUGAAUCUCUGGAAUUCAUUGCCACAGACGGCUGUGGAGGCCAAGUCAUUCGGUAUAUUUAAAGUGGAGGUUGAUAGAUUCUUGAUUAGUAAGGUGGUCAAAGGUUUUUGGUGAGAGCGCGGGAGAACGCGGUUGAGAGGGAUCCCAUGAUCGAAUGGUGGAGCAGACUUGAUGGGCCGAAUGGCCCUCAUUCUGAUCCUACGUCUUGAGAUGCCAUAAAACGUAAUGUUGUACCGAUGCCCAAUACUUUCUGCCUACGUGUGUCCAUAUCUCUCCCUGCACGUCCCCACUGCGGGAGAAAGAUACAGCUUUCUCAUCCAUCAGUGUCUCUCUUAAUCCGCUGCUUCAGAGAAGAUAACCCAAGUUUGAUCAGCCUCCCUUCCAGUUCUUCGCAUCAAAUCCGGGCGACAGCUGGUGAGUCUCUUCUGCAACCUCUGCAAAGCCUGCACACCCUUCCUAUAAUGGUGUGAAAAGACCCAGAGUUUCGGAAUUUCAUCUCCCUGCUGAUACACGACUGGCUGAUAUUUUCCACACUGCGGCCACAAGAUAUAGGAGCAGAAUUAGGCCAUUUGGCCCAUUGACUCUGCUCCAUUUCAUCAUGGCCAAUCCAAUUCCCCUCUCAGCCCCCAUCUCCUGUCUUCUCCCCAUAUCCCUUCAUGCUCUUGACUAAUCAAAAAUCUGUCAAUCUCUGCCUUACAUAUUACCCAAUGACUGGGCCUCCACAGCUGCCUGUGGCAAAAAAUUCCACAAAUUCAUCACUCUCUGGGUAAAGAAAUUCCUCCUCGUCUCCAUUCUAAAAGGACAUCCGUCUAUUCUAAGGCUGUGUCCUCUGGUCUUAGACUCCCCCCAACACAGGAACCUUCUACUCUCUCGAAGCCUUUCAGCAUCAAUAGAUUUCAAUGAGGUCACCCCGCAUUCUUCUGAAUUCCAGUGAAUACAGGCCCAGAGCCUCAAAAACUCCUCAUAUGAUAUAACCAUAUAACACUUACAGCACGGAAACAGGCCAUCUCGGUCCUUCUGGUCCGUGCCAAACUCUUACUCUCACCUAGUCCCACCGACCUGCACUCGGCCCAUAACCCUCCAUUCCUUUCCUGUCCAUGUAGCUGUCCAAUUUAACUUUAAACGACAACAUCGAACCUGCUUCAACCACUUCUGCUGGAAGCUCAUUCCACACAGCUACCACUCUCUGAGUAAAGAAGUUCCCCCUCAUGUUACCCCUAAACUUUUGUCCGCUAAUUCUCAACCCAUGCCCUCUUGUUUGAAUCUCCCCGACUCUCAAUAGAAAAAGCCUAUCCACAUCAACCCCAUCUAUCCCCCUCAUCAUUUUAAAUACCUCUAUCAAGUCCCCCCUCAACCUUCUACGUUCCAAAGAAUAAAGACCUAACUUGUUCAACCUUUCUCUGUAACUCAGGAGAUGAAACCCAGGUAACAUUCUAGUAAAUCUCCUCUGUACUCUCUCAAUUUUAUUGACAUCUUUCCUAUAAUUCGGUGACCAGAACUGUACACAAUACUCCAAAUUUGGCUUUACCAAUGCCUUAUACAAAUUCAACAUUACAUGAUAAGCCUUUCAAUCCUGGCAUCAUAUUCAUGAACCUCUGAACCCCUUCCAAAGUCAGUACAUCCUAUCUUAGAUAAGGGGCUCAAAAUUGCCCACAACACUUAAAGUGAGACCUCACCAGUGCUUUAUAAAAUCUUAAUAUUACAUCUUGUUUUUAUAUUCUAGUCCUCUCGAACUGAAUCCUAACAUCACAUCUGCCUUUCUCACCACUGACUUAACCUUCAGGGAAUCCUGCACAAGGUCUCCCAAAUCCGUUUGCAUCUCAGAAUUCUGUAUGUUCUCUCCAUUUAGAAAAUAGUCAACGCUUUCGUUUCUUCUCCCAAAGUGCAUGACCAUACACUUCCCAACACUUUAUUCCAUCUGCCACUACUUUGCUCAUUCUCCUAAUCUGUCUAAAUCCUUCUGUAGCCUCUGUGCUUUUUCAAAACUACCUGCCCCUCCACCCAUCUUCAUAUCAUUUGCAAGCUUUGCCACAAGGCCGUCAAUUCCGGUCUCGGUGGGGGUGGGGGGAGGUGUUGGGUGUGGGAACAGUGGAGCACUGGACCUGUGGUGUCCUUUGGUGAAUUUGAGUUAUGGGAGGUCUGUAACAUUCUGAGCUGUUGUGGUAAAAAUAAAUAAAUCAAAUUUAAGCCCAAGGCCGGUCUGACCCCACCCUCUCAUUGAACUCUCUAUUGUCCUUUCAAUCCUGUUACUGUCUGAGUCUCUAAAAUGCCCCCCAGUGUGUCUGCCUCCACCACCGCCCUGGCAGUGUGUCCCACACGCCCACCGCUCUCCGCCAGUCCACAUCUGACAUCUCCCCUCUACUCUCCGCCAGUCACCUUAAAAUUAUGGCUCCCACAGCUGAAGCCAUUUCUGCCCUGGGAAAAAGCCUGGAGCUGCCCACUCUGUCGAUGAUUACUAUCAGCUGAUGCCCCUCUGUAAAGUUACCUCUCCUCCUCCUCUUCUCCAAAGAGAAAAAACUCUAGUUCACUAAACCUUUCCUCAGGAAACAUUCUCUCCAAUCCAGGGAGCAUCCUGGUAAAUCUCCUCUGUACUAUCUCUAACGGUUUCACAUCCUUCCUCUAACGAGGCGAACGGAACUGAACAUAAUACUCCAAGUUCAAAGUGAAUUUGUUAUCAAAGUACAAGUCACUACAAACAACCCCGAGAUUCAUUUUCUUGCGGGCAUUCACAGUAAAGACAAGAAACACAAUAGAAGCAAUGAAAGACGGCACCCAACGGGACAGACAAAAAUCAAAGUGCCAAAAAAACAGAAAGAAAGAGAAAAAAAGCAAUAUUAUUAAUAAAUAAAUGUUGAGAACAUUUGGUGAAGAGUGCGUGAACUGGAGCCCAUAGGUUGUGGGAACAGUUCAGUGACGGGGCCAGUGAAGUUGUCCCUCUGGUUCAUGAGCCUGAUGGGUGAGGGGUGGUAACUCUUCCUGAACCUGGUGGUGGGGACCCUGAGGCUCCUGGACCUUCCUGCUGAUGGCUGCAAUGGGAAGACAGCAACGCCUGGGUGGCUGGGGUGAUUAAUGGUGGAUGUUGUUUUCCUGCAACGGUGCUCUGUAUAGACGUCCUCAGAGGUUGAGAGACCUUUACCGCUGAUG